AUGACGGCGCCGACGUCGAACUUUGGCUGGCCUGUGGACACUGCUGACCUCCAUGACACCAACAAGACACAUGACGCCGAGGACAUGGCAGACAACUAUUCGGAUUCUGACGCAUCUCCAUUCAACGACAUGACCUUUGACGAAGCCGAGGCCGACAGCGAAUAUGCCCCGUCGUCCUCGUCCAACGAUGGCCACAGCGACGACGACGACGACGAUAUCGAUACAGACGAGGAUGCAUCCCUUGUUCCUGACGAUGAGAUUGACUCGAGGUUGUGGUCGAGUUCGAAGGAGAAACAACAAUGGGCAGUCAAGUACGAGCGGACGAAUGCAGCGUGGCAGCGCAAGUACGGGUGUCGCAUCGACUCGGAAGCCCGCCCGGAAGUCAGCGCCAAGCUCCGCCGCGAACGAUGGUGGCGACGGGUGCAGCAGGUGUUUGUCGUCUUGACGGUUGCAGCGUAUUUCGGUCAUUGGUGGGCGAUUUGGAACGACUACGACGUGGCGCGCACAGUGGCGCCGUUCCGACUUCUCGAGUGGUGGCAAGGAUCACCUGCACCGACCCCAGUUUCUCCCGACCUUGGAACUACUGACGACGAUCGAGUUGCUGACGUUGCAGAGCUACUGCUUGCAGACUUGGCGGCAGCAAGCGAUGAGGUUCAAGGACCGACCGACAACCGCGUGGAUGGACAAAGCAACGCCACCCAUGCCGAGGACGCACCAGACGAUAGCUCCAAUGCUACCCACGCGGCAGAAGUGUCAGAGGUGGUCGAAGCGGACCAUGAGUUGCACCCUCCAGAAUCCCCACCACGAGAUGUCGACGAAGAACAUUCCGAGAACGUUCUUCAAUCCGACGAUGCCCCGAUGACGCCGGUGGAAUCCAAUGAAACGGCGGCCGGGGAAAGUUCCUUGGCGGAGGAGGACAGUGAUCGUCCGUCAAAGCCCGACGUCGUUCAAGUUGAACUUUCAAAUGGAGUCAUGAAGACAACGAUGGAACGCGACCAUGAUGACGUGGCAGGGCCACACGACUUGCCCACAUCCAGCGACAACGUCCCAAUGAUCGCCGCCAGUUCUCAACCUGUCCAAGGGGAGUGGACAUUUGGAAACAACCACCACAAGGAACCAUCCGACAACACAAACUCUACUACUACGGAAGACACUAGCGGCCAUAAACUCACAGAAACUUGCGCUGCCGCGUGGGGGCCAGACAUUUGUGCGACACCGUUUAUUUCUUCGGAUCAAGAUUUGACCUGUCCCUACAAGUCAAGGGGGGGCUCCACUGCUCAAGAGACUUCCCUUCCGCCCGCCAUGGCCGUCGACGUGCUGCCAGAUGAAAACACAGCUGCGCUGCAGAAGAGCGACGACCUAGUCCAAGUUAGUGAUUCGCCCGUGUCGUCGUCCACCUUGACAAGUUCCGACGCCCAAUCGUCGGCUGAGCCCACGUCGACGUCCUCAGGUCGUCCUCCUUCGUUGGCACAUGACGAUGGCGGCAUGGUCCAAGUCCAGUUGGCCGUGAACCAAUGCACAAUCCACGCCAAGGCGUUGGUUCCGCACACACACGAGACGGACGCGGCGGCCGCUGCGCGCGCCGCCUGCGACGAGGCCGUGCAGCUUGCCGGGGACAAUGGGGCUUGGCGAGAGCGAGCGCUGACCGGGCGCGGCGACCUCAAGAGUUUGCUGCGCGACUUGACCGGUGCCCUCGACGAUUACGAGGCCGCGAUGCUCGUCCGCGCUUCGACGAAGCAUCAUGAUGUGAUUGCCCUCAAGUGGCGGUCGGUUCAGUGGAUGGACUGGUACGUCAAAGGCGCGAUGGCCGCGCUGGCCGCCGACUGCCGCGACGUGGUCGCCCGAGAUGGUGGUGAUGGGAAUGAUAUUUUGCGGGCUGUGGCGGCGCAAUGGCUCGAAGUCGUGCGGCCAGGUGCGGACGUGGCGGACACGUUCAAGGAGCAGCUGUUCAAAGUGCUUGUCGACUCGCGCAAACUCACUAUGACAUCUCUCACAGUCAUCGACGACAUUGACGUAGUAACCAGUAAAUAGAACUCUUACACACACA